AUGACGAAGGGCUCUCAGUUAUCUCAGCUCAAGUCAGCGUUAUGUCAAGCGGGGAUCAGCAAGGCCCCACAAAACGGAAAGAAGCGCAAGCGAUCAGGAUCUAUAGAUGAAGAUAAAUUCAGGAAGGCACUUCACAAGAAUCCCUUCGACACCAAGGUCACGAAGCUCAAACAUGAUAUCGGCGGACGCAAGGUCAAAGGGUCCAAAGGGAAACCCGCAGAGAGAAAACAAGCGGGUAUGGAACAGCGCGAGAAGACUCUUUUAAAAGAGAUCCAAGACAGGCGUCGUGUUGGCGGAGUCAUCGACAAGCGCUUUGGUGAAAAUGACCCGUCUAUGUCUCUUGAGGAGCGCAUGCUCGAGCGCUUCACGCAAGAAAGGCAACGAGCUUCCAAAGGGGCCGCAUUUAAUCUCGAGGGCGAGGAACAACUCACGCACUAUGGCCAAAGCCUUUCGAACCUCGACCAUUUUGAUGAUGUUGGUUUGCCUAUGGAUGAAGACGAAGAUGAAGACGAAGGCCAACUCGAUCGUGACAUCGUGGGGAGGGAACACUUUGGCGGCUUUGGCGAUAAGGACGAGACAGACAAUAAGUCCGACCGGAAGAAAUCGAAAGCGGAAGUUAUGGCGGAACUCAUUGCCAAGAGUAAAAAACAUAAGGCUCUCCGUCAACUGCACCAAGCGCAAGAAGAGAGUAUGCGACAUCAACUGGACGAAGACUUCGAUUCCUUCAGAGGUCUACUCUUCGCGCCUAACGCACAGAUAACCGAUAGCAACGUGGCUUCCCAACCUGGCAUUCCCUCCGCCGACAUGGACUACGACAGACAGAUUCGCGAACUUGCCUUUGAUCGACGCGCAAAAGCAAAGGAUCGCACGAAAACGGAAGACGAGCUUGCGCUCGAACAAAAAGAGGCUUUAGAGGGAGCUGAAAGGCAGCGAAUGCAGAGAAUGCUCGGAGAAGAUGGAGAAGGCGGCGCAAACCUCGAGGACGAUUUUUCAGGGGAUGGAUCCUUCGCAACUAUUGGGUCAGGAUUAGUUCGCGGGAUCGACCAGGGGGUUGCACAGGAUGACAGCGAGGAGGAGGAAGAUGAAGACGAAGGUGUGGGUGUGGAUGAGGACGAGGACGAGGAGACCGACGGUGAGGAUGAGAACAGUGAGGCGGAGGAGGGAAGUGAAACGAGUUUUGGCAGUGAGGCAGGCAGUACCUCUGGAAGUGAAUUCGACAAAAUCACAACGAACCAGAAGUCAGCAAAAGUGGAACCACCAGGUGUUCGACAUGACCUACCCUUCACUUUCCCUUGCCCCGAGUCACACGAAGAGUUUCUGGAGAUUAUUGGAGAAAUAGAUGAUACGGAUGUGCCUAUCGUUGUUCAGCGCAUACGCACGUUGCAUCACCCAAGCCUUUCCCCGGAUAAUAAAGUGAAGCUUCAGAACUUGACAUCCGUCCUUGUUGACCACAUCCUCUAUAUCACAUCUCCCCCUGCUCCACGAUUCACGCUCCUGAACUCUAUUGUUCCCCACCUCUUUGCACUUUGCCGCUCGUACCCGAUCGAAUCUGCGGGAAUUUUUGUGGAGAAACUCUCGCUGAUGCACAAAAAUUUGGAACGGGGAUUAUCGCGGGGAGCUCUUGAACUGGGUGCAAGAACAUGGCCAGGGCCGGCUGAAUUGUCCCUCUUGCGCACCAUUGGAGUCAUAUGGUCUAGUAGUGACAUGAGCCAUCCCGUCAUUUCACCGGCACGGCUUCUCAUGGGUGCUUACUUGGGGCUGUGUCGUGUUCGGUCACUAACGGACAUAACGAGUGGGCUCUUCUUAUCAUCUAUAUUCCUACAGUACGAGGAAUUGUCCAAACGCCUGGUCCCAGAAGCCAUUAACUUUUCUAUCAACGCGGUCUUGCACCUAGCUCCGAGCUCUCUUAAAAAUGUCACGUCAAUACCCGGUUCAUUUCCUUCCCCCGACUUCCAUUCAGAUCUGUGUGCACCCCUUGCGAUCGACGUCAAGAAGUCCAAGCAUCUUGACUUUCGCACACCAAACCUACAUCAGCUCCUGAUUGACGAGAAUUAUCAGGAGCAGGAUAAACUUGAUCUACUAGGUCUCGCUUUCCGCCUUCUGGACCGGUUUUCAGAAAUGUACAAGAGCCUCGACGGUUUUAUUGAGCUCUAUCAACCAGUUUUAGAUAUCCUGACCAAACUCGGCAUCACAAAACUUUCGGAGGGCGUUCGAACGCAAGCCUCCUCUUUGCAAGACAAGCUCACUAGGUUAUUGAAGUUUGCUCGUCAAGCUCGUAGGCCUCUUCUACUUCAGGCCCACAAGCCAAUUCCGAUCCCGACAUACAUACCCAAGUUUGAGCCAAGGUCCUCCUCCUACCUGCGUCGGCAUGAUCCAGAUCAUGAACGUAACGAGGCCUCGAAGCUUCGCUACCAAGUCAAGCAGGAGAAGAAGGGAGCCAUUCGUGAGCUCCGAAAGGAUGCGAAGUUCUUGGCAGCUGUCGAGCACAAACAACAGGCUGAAAAGGACCUCGCUUACAAGGACCGCAUGAAUAAGGCGUUUUCAACGUUGGAAGGCGAGAGAGCUGAGCAAAAGGCCAUGGAUAGAGAGAAGGCGAAAGAAAAGCGUCGAUCCGGACGUAAGUAG